CCGCCGCGAUUAUUGGAGGGGAAGCAAUAAAGCUAAGGGGCGGCCCAAGCUUCAAUUUCGACGAAACUAGCGAGACGAGAUGGGGACUCCCCCCCAAUGGCGGACCGCUGGUGAAGACACACACGAGGGCACUGCGGUCCUCAGUGGCAGCGGAAUUCUCGUUGGCUGGCGGGCCUAGGACCCCUGUUUGCAGAUGGAGACGACUUUUGACAGGGGGACAGACAAAAUGGCCAGCUAAACCCCCUUAAGCUUGCCUAGCCAGAGACGUGGAAUGGAAGCCCGGCUGUUGACCAUGUCUUGGCUGGCUGAUUGGGAGAUUUUCUGCUCGCUGCUCGUGGAUCUCGCGGCCUGUCUGGCACUCGUGUUUGGCUGGGCAAGGGUUGCUUGUGUGGACAGCUCGUUUUUGCCCGUCUGUUUCUCAGCUGACUGCGCGGCUCCAGCCAGUAACACGGCGCCGCGAAGCAGACACAGCCUUGAUCUGGCUCUGGUUCUGCCGUGUGGGUGGCACCAAGGCGUGCAUUGCAUGGGCUUCUGGCGCGCCCCUUGCCUCCCUCCAUGCAUCUGCGGCGCGGCGCUUAGCACGCAGGUGGACUCGCUUUAGGCCAGGUCCCGUUCGAUCUGUCACGGAACCUCGUGUGUUUUGUGCCGCAGCCAACAGGCGUCGUAAGAGAGAGCAUACCAAGUGACAGAGAGGGCGAGAAAAAAGCGUGUGUCAGAGUGCAGCUGCAUGUAAUUCCGUUCCGGCGGGCAACCACUCACUCCUCCCUGCGUCUCGCCAUCUUUGACCCGAACCGAGCCGUAGGAGAAGC